AUAUAUAUAUUUUCUGUCAGAGUUAAAAAUCUGAGAUAUCAUGCCGAGGCUGCCGGGGAUAGAUGAUUCCGAUUCUGACGAUGGGUAUUCGCCUUCAACAAAAUUAUUUGGCCGUCGCAGGUCUCUUCAUGCCAUCCUUGGAAGAGGCCAUGUUGCCGAUGUAUUGUUGUGGAAAAACAAGUAUUUGUCAGCAGGAAUGCUACUUGGUUUUACAAUGAUAUGGUUCCUUUUUGAAGUUGUGGAGUAUCAUUUUAUUACUCUUCUUUGUCAUUUACUUCUGAUCUUUUUGGUCAUUCUCUUCAUCUGGUCUAACAGCGCUGGAUUCAUCAAAAGGGAUCCUCCUACUAUUGAUGAUAUAGAGGUGCCAGAAUCUUCAUUGAGAUUCUUCUUUGUGCAAAUCAAUUGGUUGCUAUCAAGUUUUUAUGAAAUUUCAAGUGGCAAAGAUUUGGUAACUUUCUUUUGGACCAUAGUUUGUCUCUGGAUUUUAUCAGCUUUUGGGUCCUUAUGUGACACUUUGACUCUUUCAUACAUAGUGUAUCUCUGCAUAGCAACACUGCCGGUUUUAUAUGAGAGAUAUGAAGAUCAGGUGGAUCGUUUUGCUGGGAAAAGUAGCCACGAUAUGAAAAGAAUAUUUGACAAAUUUAAUUCAAAAGUUCUUGACAAGAUACCAAGAGGACCAACGAAAGAGAAAAAGCAUGCCUAAAAUUAAUUUGAAAUUCAUGGUUCCCACAGUGCAAAAUGGGAUCUAAUCCAGCACAAUUUAUUCAAAUUUCCUAUUUCUUCCUGUCUUUAACUUGUGAAAGAUGUAUAUGCAAUUGUGGAUUACUCGCAAUUUCAACUUAUAGCGAGAAACAUCCUGAAGUUUAUGUAAUGUGUUGUAAUGAUAAAUGUUUGCCUUGUUUAAUUAGUAUUUUAUUUGUUUCA